GGCGGAGUUUCAUUGUUACUGGACAUGCCUGGCUAGUUACUCUUUAAAGUAUAUAAAGCUAGAAAUUGAUGUUUCUUGGUUCAGUGUACAUCUUUUAAUUGUCAGGAAUCUGCAAAAUAACUCUCAUCAAUUUUAUAAAAGUACAAAAAAAAAAAAAAAAAUAUUUACAAAUUCGCAAUGAGCGGCAAGAUCUUGUUGCAGUUUUGUUUGGCAUUGUUGGUGUUGGCAAUUAUCUUGCAAGAAGAAGUUCAAGCGAAGAAGGUGAUAAUACAUGUACCCUAUCGUGUAAAAAAUGUGAAGCAUACGCAUACAAUUUUCAAAAUUGUUCCACAUAAGGAGGAAAAAAAAAGUCACAGUCACAGCUAUAUAGGAGAUAAUUAUUGAUAGAAAUUUUUAUAAAAUAAUGAAAAAGUUGGAAAAUUAGUGAAAGAAUUAAUUUCUCACAAUUCGUUUAUUAAAACGAAUCCAAAGAUAGUGUGAGCACCUUCGUACAAAUCUCUCUCAUUUAUUAUUUUAGAUUUGUGUAUCACUGCUGUGUUAAUAUUUAUAUUAUGUAUAGAAAAA